AAUGUAUACAUGAAGAUUGCUUUGUGAUAAAAAGGGCGUCCAUUGCUGGACGGAAAAGAAAUUACUCUAUUAUUCAAUAUGCAUUCAAUCUGGAGUGCGCAAGAUGUCAUCCGAUGUGACCUAUGUAAGACAGCUUUAGUACAGAUGUACUGUGAUUUCUGUCAUGUCAACCUUUGUAGACCCUGUAUUGGAGAACACAUUGCUGAUGAAUAUGACAAACAUAAAAUUGUCCCAUUUCAACAUAAAAAGUCAACUUUAAUCUACCCCACGUGCUCAGCACAUCAAACAAAAGGCAGCGAGUUUCACUGUGAAACGUGCAAAACAUCUGUUUGUUCUCUGUGUGCUAUAUCUGAAGCACAUAGGGGGCAUGCUAUUUCAACUCUUUCCGAUCUCUUUUAUUCAAAGAAAAAAGACAUUAAAAAAGAAACUGAAGAAUUAGAAAAUUCAAUUUGUCCAACGUAUGCAGAAAUUGCAAAUGGAAUAGAAAUCCAGAUAGCUAACUUAGAUGGGAAAUAUGAAAAUCUUACAUCAACGUUGAUUGAAUUUGGAGAAGAAUGGCACAGAGAAAUUGACGAAAUUGUUGAAAAAUUAAGAAUUGAAAUAGAAAAGGAAAAAACGAAGCAUAAGAGUAUUCUAAAGGAGCAUUUGAGUGAAAUCAAACAGAUACAGACUCUUAUUGAACAAACACUUCUUAAUCUUGAACAAAUUGAAGAUUCUAAUGAUGUAUCUUUGACGAUGGAAUACAUCUCACGCAACAAGGAAUUAAGGAAACUACCUCCAAAAAUUCAAAUAUCUCUACCAACUUUCAGUUCAAGGACAAUAGACACAGAACAGUUUCACAAGUUAUUUGGAUAUUUAACACCAUUAUCCGUCACAACAGAGGAAAAUGGCUACGAAGUGAAGAAACCAAAGAUAUCCACAAAAGAAAUGCCGGAGGCACGGACUUGGGCCACAGAGAACAUGCCCUCUACCGAUAAGUUGCUCGUGGCAGCCAUUGACAUAGGUACCACUUACAGUGGCAUUGCAUUUUCUUAUAAACAUGAAUACGAGAACGACCCUUUGAAGAUCAGGUCCAACAACUGGGAUUCAGGCACAUGGGGUCUCGUGACCCUUAAGACCCCCACCUGUGUUCUUUUCAAUAAAGACAAAGUGUUGGACUCGUUUGGUUACGAAGCGGAGGAAAAAUAUUUAGAACUCACACUGGAGAAGGAACACGAGGAGUGGUAUUACUUCAAGAGGUUCAAGAUGUCUCUCUUUAACAAAGAGGCAAGUUCAUCUCUUAAUCUGUGAAAAAUGGUAAUUAU